UGGUGGAUGACCAUUUCAAGCCACAACACAAAUCAAAAGCCCCCUCUAAUAUCUUUUCUUUCAUUUCAAACAACUUCAUUUGAAUCAUCUCCUUCUUCUUCUUCUUCCCACAAUUAUAACAAAAGAUGUCGAGGCAUUCGUUUUCAAAGGACGUUCACGUCAUAGUACGCGGAGUACCAUUCAAAUUGAACAGGGACCUUGUUUCUGCAAGAUCAUCAAAACUUUGUAAGCUGUUUAAAGAAAAUCCCGAUAAAAAUCUUGCUCAUCUUCUUUGCGAUAUCCCUACUACCCCUCCGAUAUUCGAGAUCAUGGUAAAAUUCUGCUACGGUUUCAAAGUCAAUUUCACACCCGAAAACGUCAUCCCUAUUGCUUGUCUAGCUUGCUAUUUGGGUAUGACAGAUAGCCACAGCCCCCACAAUCUCUUAAAUCAAUCUUUAUAUUUCUUUGAACACAAAGUCAUCACCGGCUGGAACGAGUCUUUAAGCUCCUUAACGGCUACCAAGAAUCCGGUCAUCUUUCAACAAGCGAUAAAACUUGGUUUAGUUGAUGCUUGUGUGGAUUCAAUCAUCAAGAAAGCUCUUGAUAAUCCACUUCUUCUUGGAAAACCAAUCAAGAAUCAUGUUCUUGAUGACGGUGAUCAAGGGUAUAAUGGUCAUUUUCACAAGCCGAAUGCGAAAAGUCAACUCUUUAUUCUUGAAUGGAAGUCAAAGGAUUUGAGUUUGACCACACUUGAUCUUCAGUUUUACAAACCGAUCAUUCAGAAAAUGAUUAGAUAUAAAUUGGGUUCGAACUACAUUGCAUCGAAUCUUUAUCAAUAUGCUAAAAGAUGGGUGUUCCUUGAGCCACAAGAAACCAAUUCUUCAAACUCAAAACGGCUUGCAAUCGAAGAAAUCGAAAGACUUUUACCCAAUGACCGAGGGAUCCUUCCUUGUGCACUACUAUCGAAAAUGCUUCGAUAUGCAACGGUUUUAGAAGCUAAUGUUAGUUGUAGAGAAGGGUUUGAAGCGAGAAUCGGGAGACAGUUAGAUUCGGCAACGGUUAGUGACUUGUUAAUACCAACUCAAGGAUAUAUUAACGGCGAAAAGUACGACACCGAGUGUGUUAGAAGAAUCUUGAAGCAUUUUUACAACGGUUUUGACGGUCAUGAUCAAACCGGGCUAGACAUUGUGGCUGCGCUUGUUGAGUAUUUGUUACAUGAGGUGGCGAACGACAACGAGUUGAGAAAAGACUCGUUUAUAUCGCUUGCUGAAAUGUCGGUUGCUGCAUCUGCAGGAGCACGAAGAACGUUGGACGGGGUGUAUGAAGCGAUAGACGUCUACCUAAACAAGCACAAACACUUGACGGAAUCCGAACGUGAAGAAAUCUGCGCGGUUUUGGAUUGCAACAAGAUGUCACCCGAGGCGUGUGAGCAUGUGGCGCAAAACGAGCGCUUGCCAGUGCGUGUGGCCGUUCAAAUGCUGUUUGCGCGGCAGUUGCAUCUGCGGGAAACCGUGGCGAAAGAGGUGGUGGUGGCGGGGGGUCCCGAGGAGGACGGGUCGGGUAAGUCAAAGUCAAAGUCAAGGGAGGAAGAUGAGGAAGUGAAGUGGGAAUUGGAGAAAAUGAAUAGUAAAGUAGUGGAGUUGGAGAAAGAAUGUGUUGUGAUGAGGAAAAAGAUUGAAAAAAGUAAUUUAAAGAAAGAAAAAUUAAAUGUACAUUUUUGGGGGGAAAUGAAGAGGAAGCUUGGAUGCAUAUCAAGCCUCAAUAACACUAAUUGUCAUGUGAAGAAGAAGAAGAAGAAGAUGAUGAAACUUGAUGCAAGGUAGAUUUUAUUAUUAUUUUAAAAGAAAUAUUAAUUUUCUUUUCAGCUUUAACCAAGUUUAUUAUUCAUCUGAUACUUUUUUUGUUAAAUUCAGUCAAACUUUUCUC